GCGGCACCAAUUGUGAUGAGGUGGUGGGAGGGUAGAAUUGUACUUUCGCAUCAACUUUUCUCCCCGAUCCGCCACCCUUCGUCCUCCGUCCAUCGUAUCCUCUUCCUUCUCCCUCCGACCAGCGACCACUGCUCCCUCCAGCUUGCCGAUGGCGUCGACCAUCGCGUCCUCUGCUCCCACUCGCGCGUUGACAUCCCCGGUCGCCGCCUCGACUACUUUCGCUCGCGAGUUGCCACCGACUGCCACCUCCGCCCGCACUCGAGCGCGGACACCGACGGCCGCCGAUUCCUCCGCUCCCGUUUGAGCGCCGACACUUGCAGCCGCAAUAUUCUGUGCAAUAUUUCUCCCCCUUCCCCCAGAGCAUCCACUCUGCCCAUCCCCUCAGCCAGAUCCGGUCGCUGCCGAGGUUGGGGCGCUAGAUUUGGCAAUGGUGGCAGGCUGGCAGCAGGAGGCCUCCCCGAGAUUGCGAGGGGCCUGGCGAUGACCACUAUGAGUGCAACGGAUGCAGCGAUCGUGUGGUUGGGCGAUUGUGAGGGAGACAUCUCGGGUCGCAGAGCAGAAAAGGAAAGGCAUGUAGACAAUCCAUUGUGGCACAGGCGCACAGCUGAUCCUAGAUGAUCAGAAUUGAAGAAUAUUUGCACGUGGCCAGUACCUUUCUUUUGUAUGCUUAUCUGAGGCUUAGGCCUGUCAGUAUGUAACAUUAUGUAAUUUGAAACUAUGUAAUCUCAGGCUACAUAAUUGAUCUGUACUUGUCGUGUUGUUUAGUCUUGGAGUUAGUUGUGUUAUUUUGUGUCUGGAUGUGAUUAUGAGUUUAUGACUGUUUGCUUAUAAACUACCUGCCGUGAAUGUUCGUAA